CGCGUCGCUCGCGCAGUCCCGCGCCGCGCGCCGACCCAACACUACGUACCGCACGUAAAAAUAAUAACAACUUUUUAUCGCGAGACCCCAAAUUGUUCGAGGAACCCUCCUUACAAUUCCUGCAAAGCAUUUAGUGACCAACCCAGUGAAUGUGAACGCAAGAAACAGUUUUGUUAAAAAGUGGUUUUACCUGGAGUUUUUCUACAGUCCACCGAGAAGGAUGCGGUGAUGGCAGUGCGCGCGUGCGCAGUGGCGCUGUGGUGCGCGCUGGCCGUCGCCGGCGCAGCCGCGUACACUGUCGACUGCAACCACGAGUAUACCGACUGCGACACAGAGCUCAGUGAGUUGACCGCUUCUAGAGGUAAAAUCGGGGCCGAAGAUGACGAAGUUCCAUCAACGUUACCACCUGCCGAAACGACAUCUGCAGACCCAUCGCUUCAACCUUCAUUCCUGCCAACAUUACCACCACAAAAACCCACAACAGAACCCCAGAAAAGAGAAGUAGAUGCUACUCCUAAGGUAGAAGCGACAGAAGCCGCAGACGCACCUGAAACUCCUAAACAACCGAGACUUCUAAAUCUGAAUGUGGACGAGUUGCAAAAUUUCGCGAACGCUCUCCACAAUGAAACAAAACAGCAGAAAAGUCAAAAAGUUGACCUUAGCGAUGUGAAUAUGGACGAAGAUGAGGACGAUCCUCCUCGACUGAUGCCACACGACCACAACAAACAUGAAAAGCAGAUCCCUGAGAAGUUCUAUUCCAAUCUCCAAGUGCCAUUCAGUCCACUACUAACUAUUGACAGAGCCUCAGAAGAAACAGACACCUGCAAAGAAAAUGAAGUAUUUUAUAAGAUCGGCGACCGCAUCGAUCGCGGAUGCGAGGAGACCUGCGAGUGUUCUCCGGGCGGCACCUUCGACUGCACCCCUCGCUGCAAGCACCCGUACAUCCGGCGCGGGCGCAGACUCAGUGAUCCGCUGUGCUUCGAGUCACCGGUCGACGAGUGCUGCUCUAUCGUCGCUUGCGCUACUGGCAAUCAAGAACUGAAAGUGAACAAAGUAGAGGUCUGCCGGUACAACAACGACACGCACGCUGUCGGCACCAAGUGGCACAUCGGGUGUGAGCAGACCUGCUCCUGCGAACCUAACUCCGUCGUCACUUGCAAGCCUAGAUGCAACAAACUUCAGCCAUCGGACAAGUGUAUCAACGUACAGGAUCCUAACGACGAAUGCUGCGAGGUGCAGGUCUGCGAUGUCUCCCAGGACGUCCAUGAAGAGCCUGAGAAUACCACCAGCAGCACCACUUCCACCACCAGCACCACUGAGAGCAUAAAAGGAUUCGAAGACUACAGCGACUUAGUGCAUCAUGUCGGCCAACAUGACAACCCAAAACCCAACCCAGGUUUUCUCCCCCUCGCCCCGAAAGAACCUAUAGGCUCUGUCAAAGUCCUCCAGAAUAACAGCGUCCAAGUCAACCUUAUGCAAAUGAACUCCAGCGAAAACCCCAUUUACCUGCUACUAAGCAGUGAUGGAGGCAAAAACUUUGAAGACGUUGAACUCAAAUAUUCGAAUCUAAUACUCGAUCUGCCUGGAGGAAGAGAUUAUAUCCUAAAGACUAAAGAGACAGGAACUAAAUUCAACUUUACAAUAACAGCGUCAAGUGACAAGACUGACAAUGAUACGAUGUUAGUGCCGGAGGAUAAGCCAGGGUGCUAUCAAGAUGGAAAGUUUUAUGAUAUUGGUGAGGAAUUCCACAUAGGCUGCACAGAGCUGUGCGAGUGCACAGGGCAUCAUCAGAGGGAAUGCGUGGAGCUGCAGUGUCCGUCCCACGUGGGCCUCGAGCUGGUCUCCAAAGGCUGCGUACGGUGGGCCCCCAGCCCGCCUCCCAUACCCCCAAAUUGUUGCCCUCGAGCCGCCCGGUGUCUUAGCGACGGAACUUGUCAUUAUAAAGGAUUUGAUGUACCAAACUGGACCGAAGUGCCGAUAUCCCUGACGGGAUGCGAGCAGCGAUGUUUCUGUGAGAAUGGCGAGCUGGACUGCCAAGAGGUGUGUUCUCCUCUUCCACCGCUGCCACCUCAAACUCUGCGCUGCCCACCGCUCCAUCGGCCCGGUCCCGUUAACAUCUCCGACGAAGAUUGUUGCAAACAAUGGGGAUGUAUACCCAAUGGUCAAACACCAAGUCCUGACGCGGUCAAUACAAAUCGCCCUCCUGCGUUCCUUCCAACAGUUCCUCCAGAAAUCCACUUCCCCACCGAUGACCUUCCGGACUACGACCAGAACAAUCUCCACCGGCCUGUGAACUCCAGAGACCCCACCCUUACCGCAUUGCCCCCAGGACUAACCAUUCCACCGAACUAUGGAGAAGAGAAUAAAAAGCUAACAGUGCUAUCGUUGCAAGCUGAUUCGCCGACUAGUGUCAAGUUGCUGUUCGGCCUGCCUCCAGUUUUGGUUGGGUUGAGAGGCAGCGUUGAUUUGAGAUAUACUGAUAAAGCUGACGAAGACGUGUCAAAUUGGUACUCGCAAGUGUUCGCCCCGGCAGAUGAAGUGCUGACUACUCCUCGCUUGGAGUUCCGUCUGACAGGUCUGAAGCCGUCCAGCACCUACAAGAUCAAGGGCAAACUGUUCCUACACAACUUGCCUGUGGAACCAGAGAGCCAGGUCUACAGUGUACGCACAUUGGAUCUACCAACGGUACCACCAAUGGAAGAGAAGCGCAGGACAAUAGACUGUAGACUCUCGGUGGUCGAUGUCAAUGAUACAGCUGCACAUGUUAGCUGGAGACAUUUCACUGAAGAGGAGCUGCAGUUCAUCGAUGGUGUACAAGUCAGGUACAGGCCAGUAGGCACUCCGAUCUACAGCAUGACCGAGCUGCUUCACCACAGUCGGUCAAUAGCUGAGCUGCACGAGCUCCGGCCCGGCACUCAGUACGAAGCCUCCAUGAUUCUGGUGCCGCCUCCACGUGCUACUACCGAACUGCACGACCCUGGUCGCGUCGAGUUUACCACUUCACCGUUUGUUGAUCCAUACAACUGGUCUGUGACCAUCGAAGCGAGGGUGGUCGGUUCAGACGCCGCAGAACUCACCUGGCAUGGGGUACCGUCUCCUGGAGAACGUUGGGUCCGCGUGUAUCGAGCAGCCCAUGCUUGUGGCAGCACCAGACAUGAACAUGACGCCUUCCGACUAGCUGCCAGAGAUCUACCGCCUACCAUUCUGCUUAACGGGCUUGAGUCCAGUACUAGGUGUCGCGUGUGGCUAGAACUGUUUCUGACAAACGGUAAAAUUAAGACGAGCAACGUCUUGGAAAUCAAUACCAAAUCACAGGAUUCUCCUGAAGAAAUUGACAAUGAGAUAGAAGCCUCUUCGAUCGCGGACAGCCGCGGCGCUGGGCGGGGCGAUUACUACGGAGCCCUAGUGGUAGUCGGCGUGGUGGCAGCCCUGGGGGCGUUGACCUCACUGCUGCUUCUGUUGGUACUCGUGCGCCGACAUCGACCGCGCUCCGUGCCUAUCACACCUGUACCAACAGCUCCCCGCGAGUCAUCUUUGCCACCGUAUGACAACCCUGCAUACAAACUAGAACUACAGCAAGAAACUAUGGAUCUCUGACAAUUAAGCUCCCGUGGGCACACUAAUGGGCUCAACGGGAUCUCGGAGCGCGCAGUCGACGUACCCAAUGGUCGGACGUACAACGAAAUGGGCGUGUAAACCUACACGUCAGAACCAGUACUGUAUAUAUAGAGGAGCAACAUUCCUGUGUCUUCCAUGGAAACAAUAUUAUAAUAAAAAUUAGGAAAAUAAUAGUUAACACUUUCAAGGACACAACGUCUACGGACGUUCCGAUUCUACGGUGUCAUACUAUCUAGUAUGAGCCAUCAAUGACCCAUGGUCUCCGUCCGUGAAAGGGUUAAUAUUAUAAAUAUUGUUUCCAUCAAAAACACGACCAAAGACUUUAUUUAAAAUAAUGCAAGUGACGACGGCUCAGUGCAAAACAGUGUAACUUAUCGACUCUCGUUUCAGUGGUCAAUAUUAGUCGUAAGUUACAAACUACAAUAGUGCGUAUAAGUCGUAUGAAAUCGUCGUAAUAUGAGAUUACCGUGAACAUAAUGAAUUACGAAAUUAGGAAUAUUAUGUAUAACGGAUUUUUGUAUUUUAAACAAAUUUUGUUAAUUAUUAAGAUUGAUGUAAUGUAUGUUGCCAUGUUCCAAUUUAUUUAUUAAUUAACAAAAAUGUUUUUUAAUAACGAAUCUUUACCACAAGUGCCCUUAAUGAUGGUCUGUGUAUGUACUUCUUCGUAUUGUACAUAGUGUUAAUACAUUCAAUAGAUGGUUAAGUGUAAUGAGGUUACACUCAGUUUGUAUAGACUUACACUGUAUUUAGUUAAGUGAACUGCGGAUUAACGUGUUAAAACUAUUGUAAAAUAAUAUUCAUUUAAAAAAAAAACGCAUGUUUCAUUUC